GGGCGCGGCCCGCCUCCGGCGCUGGCGCCCGCGCGCCACCCGGGCGUGCGCCGCCGCGCCAUGGCGGCCCUGCCCCCCCCGCUCUCGCCAGUGCCGAGCACGCGCCGCCUGCCGCCCCGAGGGGCGGCGCAGGAGGUCCUCGUGCAGUUCUCGGCGCCCGCGCAGCAGUGGAUCCUCGGCCGGCCCGCGGUGUGCCUCGCUGGGCCGCAGCCCAUCGGCACCGCCCCGCCCAGGGCCGUGAGCCCGGACCGCAGGGGCGUGCUCGUCCAGGCGGUGGGCACCGCGGAGGGCGCGACCGCCGCCCUCGCGGGGCUCGUCGCCGGGGCCGGCGGCGGAGUGGACCUGGCGCCGGCGCGGAGGCGCGAGGCGUCGCCCCGCACGGACCGCUCCCCCUUCCAGGCGACGCGGGCGCUCCCCGGCGAUCCGAGGGGGCCGCCGCCGCAGCCGAUCGGCACCGGCCCGCCCAGGGCUGUGAGCCCAGACUGCAGGGGCGUGCUCGUCCAGGCGGUCGGCACCGCGGAGGGCGCCACUGGCGCCUACGGGCCGCGGUCGCUGCUGCUGGGGCCACUGGAGGGGCGCCCGGGCAGCCCCACCCGCCGGCAGGUCGUGCGCUGGGAGGCUCGGCCGCAUGGAGGGCGGUCGCUGACGCCGGACUCGCGGGCUGUCGCUGCGGCGCCGGAGGCGCCCGCUGCAGCCGGCGGGAGGGCUCUGGACGGAGGCAGGGCGCCGUCCCCGGACGGCCGGGCUGCGGCGCGGGGGCAGGGCGCGGUUCCAGACGGUGGGCACGUGAACGCCUACCGGAGGAGUGCCGUGCCGGUCGCCGCCAGGCCGGUGGCGGCCAGGGCCAGGGGGCGCUCGCUGACGCCCGACUGCAGGGAGGCCGACGCGUCGGUGAGGCUCUCCCCCAUGGUGGCGUUCCGGUCCACGGCCGCCGAGGCGGUCGGCCUUGGCGCACGGGACCCCGCGCCGCUAGGGCUGGCGCGGGCGGCCGCACCAGUGCAGGGGGGAGUGGGAAGCGGCCUGCUCAUCGACGGGCGCGUGAGCCCUGAUCGCGCCUCGGCACCGUGGCUGCCUGUCAACGUGCCGUUGUCCCCGAUUACUGCCUUCCGCGUGGUCGAGCCGCGCCGCGGAUCCCAGAUGCCGCUGAGCCGGGAGGGCAGCUUCGGCCCAGGUGAGGUGGCACUGGGUUCGGCCUCGCAGAGGGUCCUGACGCCCAUGGCGGUCAGGCAGCCGUCUGGCGCGAAUGCCCGCAGCGUCAGCCCUGGUCGCAUUGCGGUGCACGUCCCCGUGGAGCACGGGCCUCCGCGGGUCGUGGCGGCGCCGCAGUUGUCUGCCGCGCCGAGCCUCAGCUCCAUGCCUGAGCUUGCGGCAGCUGGGCAGGUCCAGCCCGCCCAGCCAGCCAACCACUACGCGGGCGCCCGCGCCAAUCCUCCAGCGCCGCCCGCCGGAGUGCCCUCGGCCGCCGCCGUGUCCGAGAAGGCCACUCCCACUCGGCCGCUGGGGACUCCGCUGCUGCCACCGACGGCGGAUCUUCAGGAGGGCGCCUGGGUGCAGAUCGGUGACAACACGGUCCUGGUGCGGAGCCCGCUGGGCAUGGGCAGCUUCGGGGCGGUCUGGGCGGCGGAGCAGCCCGGCCCGCCCGGGACGCCGCUGCUGGCCAUCAAGGAGAUCAUCUGCUCUUCGCAGGCGGACCUCCUCAACGCGCUGUUCGAGGGGCACCUGCUCCGCACGCUCGGUGACCCUGGCCGGGCCCAGGAGGACGCGCCCUCUCCGCUGGUGGCCUCCAGGGCGGUGCUGCCCUCGCUGGUCGCCUGCGAGACGAGGUCGCUGGGGCCCCAGGUCUGGCGCGUGCGUCUCGCGAUGACCCGGAUCGCGGGGGACCCGCUGGACAGCUUCCUGGAGCGCCGGGCUUCGCAGGGUGGGCCCCGGGCCGGCCUGCAGGAGGCCAGCUUCUUCGCCAGGCAGCUGCUGGUUCAGCUGGCCCCCGCCUUCGAGCACAUCUCGGAGCUCGCCUACCACCGCGACGUGAACGCCCAUAACAUCCUCGUGGAUGCGUCCAUCGGCGGUGGCACGCCCCGCUAUGGCCUGGUGGACUUUGGCCUCGCGGUGGACGUCGCCUGCUGGCAGUUCGGCGAGUCCUCGAGCUCCUCAGACCCACGGCCGUCGCGAGUGGGGCAAGACGGAGCGUCUUCCUGGCACCACCUGGACGUCGGCGGUGACUGCCGCUACUGGCCCGUCUCCGCCUGGGUGCAGUUUCUGUACGGCUGGACGGAGCUGGAGGAGUCGCAGUCCCUGGGCUUCGAGUACAAGACCCAGCUAGACCUGCACUCGCUGGGGCUCACCGCUCUUCAGGUCGUCGCGGAGCUGCUGCCGUCGCUCGCGGAGGUGGACGGGGCGGAUGACGCGGUGCUCACGGAGACACGGAGUUUGAAGCACAGGUGGGACAUGUACUGGACUACGGUGACCCCGCUCCACGACCGCCUCAUGGACACCUUUCACAAUGGCGGCGACUGGGACGCUCUCAAGUCCGAGUGCAUCGAGGCAGGCGUCCAGCGCAUCAUCGCCGAAUCCCUGCGCGGGCUGCGCUCCUCGCUGUGCAGGAUCGGCGAGGCGUGCAGGCGGGCGCCGGCGCAGGCUGGCCUGGUGGACGCCUCGGGCCUCUUCGCCGCGCUCCUGCUGCUGGUCAGCAGCGGGAGCGGCGAGGAGCGCAGCCACGGCCCAGCCCGCUGGCAGCAGGUCUCCCUGGUGCUGGGCGGCGGGGCGCCCCUGGACGCGGCGCCCGCGCAGCAGGCUCUGCGGCCUGGCCCCGGGGCUGCGCCGCCGGCCCCCCCGCGCGCGGGCAGCCUGGACGCCGCAGCGGCGCCAGCGCCGCCCGGCGCCCAGCUCGCGGCAGCGCUUCCUGCACCGCCGGGCGAGGCCGUCGCAGCUGGGCCGCCGGACGACCGGCUGAUCCGACGGCUGGGGCACCUGCGCGACAGGGUGGACAGGCUGGCCCACGAGAUGGGCCGCAUCGGCGACGAGGAGGGCGAGGCCGGCGGUGCCUGCGAGGGGCCGAGGCUCCCGGUGCCGAAGAGGCAGCUGGUCCGUGUCCAGGAGGUGGUUCCGCCGGGCUGAGUUGGCUCGCGCGGCGCGUCCGCCGCAGAGGCGGAGAGGCAAAAUGUUUCCCGGCCCUGGGCUGCGCGCUCUGUACGUAAGGACCGGGGCGGGCGCCCCUUUUCGGUCGGCGAGCGAGGAUGGCUGCGACCUCGAA